CAGACGCGUUUCUACUUUAACUUUCUACUUACUUAGGCUAAUUUUUUUCCCAUUAUGAAUUAAUGUUAUUUUAAUAUUUUAGUUACCACCUUCCCCAUUUCGUCUAGAUCUAGAUCCAUCUACUCUGUGUUUAUUAAUGCUUAAUAUUCUCUACAGUUGAUAAACAACAGUCAACAGAGUCAGAGAGGUUUACAGAAGCUGCAACAACAUCAAUUCUGGAAGUAGAUUUGGAUUUGACUUCUCUUCCAAGUGCCAGCCAGUCAAUCAAUGGUUCAUGAUGUCCCUAGAUCUGACAAAUCUUAAUCAUAGCCAACAAAAAGUAAAAGAAGCUCAAGAGUUGGUAGAGCAUUUAAUGCUUGAAGUCAAAAAUGCUUAUACACUACAUGGCAAAUUGUCUGAUGAUUUGUUAAGUUUGCUGAAUUUUACAUUUCAAGGUCUGCUUUUAUCAGCUUUAGAACUAGUUGAAAAGCAAUCAGUGACAAAGAUUGUCUCCCCUAGUGGUAGAGCCUUAUUUCAGGUUGUAGGAGCAUCUGGCACCCCAUACACCUGUUUUGCAAGAGAAAAUUACUGUUCCUGUCCAGCUUAUCAUUUUUCAGUUUUAAGAAAAGAAGAUCACAUGAUGUGCAAGCAUGUACUAGCUGUGAAACUUUCAGAAGCCAUGGGGAAAAGUAAAUCAUUAUCUGUGUCUGAUGCAGAAGUAACUCAUAUCAUAAUGUCAAUAGAAUAAACCUGGGUGUGCAUCUAAUGACAGACUGUGCUUGUUGGAAGGAUGUAAUGAUGCUAAAUGUUAUCUGCAAACAAUAGUAUGGCAAGCAUCAAAUAAAACCAUCAAGAGUAGCAAACAUCAGUCAGCUGCUAAUGCUGUAAUGAUUGCCAGCCACAUAGACCUCUCUGUGAACACAAGUGAUGAAUUAAAUUGUUUAAAGGGAAUUAGUAUUUUCAAAGUGAGUGAAUAAUGCCCACUAGUUUUGUAGACUUUUAAUAUUGGGAUCUAUACUAUUAGAUGAACAACAUAAUACAAGACAUACUUUGUUGGGAUUUUAUUGAGGUUCAGUUGCUGUGAUGGUUAUAUGUACAAUGAUAUUAUUGCUAAGGAUGAUGUUUCUUUUACCUGAACAUUAGUUACGGGGGAACAAUAUUCUAUAAUUAUACUUAUUUAUAGAGAAACCAUGUCAACAUAUAUAUUUACAUUUAAUAAAGAAAAACAAGAUACACACAUAAUUAUUAAUGUUACGGAUUAAUCAUUUAGUAAUUAAAAAAGGCAUACAUUAUGGGACAAUUUUAAAUGUGCAGCUGUUUAAAGCACUGAUUUGAUAUUUUCAAUUAUUUUUCUUUAAUGAUUUCAGUGAAAAGUUAUUUUACAAUUUUGCAUAACCUAAUUAAAAAAAUAUUUACACAAUUUAAAACAGCAACAUAAAAUACUUCAGUGAUGAAUUAUUUAGGUUGUUUUUAUUAAAGUGUUUAUUUUUUGGAAAACUAGUUAUUGAUUUAAAAUAUCAAAACCAGCAAUUUAAAAUAAUUUAACAAUUUGACUGAUACAACACAUGUAAUGUGGUUCAAAUCUUUAUUUUUUUUUUUGUGAACACAUUUUAAAGCAGCUGCAGAGCUGGAUUUAUAUGUAAAACUUGUAGGGGUAUAACUAAAAUACAUGGGUUUUUUGUUUUGAUUACUGUGAAACCACUGCAGUAUCAACCAAGGAGAAUAUACCUAAUACAAUUGCAUUGAUAAUUUGUUGAAACUUAAAUAUAUGUUUAUUAAUCAUGUUACUUGAAGGUUAUUAAAUUCCUACAGCAGAAUGAA